CCUCCCUCCCUCUCUCUCUCUUAUGUGCAAAUUUCUUUGUUGGUGAGAGGGAGGGGGGAAGGGCAAGGGAGACGACGGUGGUUAUCGCGAGGAAGAAGAGGACCAGGUCCGCGGGAGGGUGACGUCCCACGCCUUUGAUCCCGUCAAGUCUCACCAUCUCUUCCUCUCCUUCUUCGUCCGCCUCCGCCUCCAUUUUUUUAUCCUUCAACCUCUCUCCUUUCUCUUCACACUUCCGCUUCUGCUGACCUUGUGUUGUGGUCUCUAGCUCUCGCUGCCGUUCCCCCGAAAAGGAGGAACGGAGUUCCCAGGCAGACGGCGAUCGGAUGCGUUUCGGAGGGAAGGUACUUACCGACUCUAUAUGCGGAUACUUGACCAGAGCUUUUUCACUUAAGUCUACAAAUCUAGGACUUGCUAGUGCACCUGAAGCUUCUUACAAUGGCUUCUGAUUCUUAUAGAGAUGCUAGGGUCCGUAGACUGUCUGAGGACAUGGAUUCCCAAAUGAGGCCUCCACUAGCUCCCGCUGUAACAUUUGCCCGUCGAACUGCCAGUGGCAGGUAUGUCAGCUAUUCCCGUGAUUCUAUUGAACUUUCUGGUGACCUCGGCAAUGGAGAUUAUGCAAACUAUACUGUACACAUACCACCGACUCCUGACAAUCAACCUAUGGAUCCCACCAUCUCUGCCAAGGUUGAGGAACAGUAUGUGUCUAAUUCCAUAUUCACGGGUGGUUUCAAUAGCGUUACCAGAGCUCACCUCAUGGACAAAGUCAUUGAUUCAGAAGCCCAACACCCACAGAUGGCUGGAGCUAAGGGAUCAUCCUGUUCUCUUCCUGGUUGUGAUGGAAAGGUCAUGAGUGAUGAACGUGGGGUUGAUAUAUUACCAUGUGAAUGUGAUUUCAAAAUUUGUAGAGAUUGUUAUAUUGAUGCACAAAAGAAUGCCGGUGGCAUUUGCCCUGGUUGUAAGGAGCCAUAUAGGGCUGAAUUGGAAGAGGCAAUCUUGGAAACAAAUCGACCGCUUUCACUUCCUCCUCCUCCAGGAAUGUCAAAAAUGGAAAGGAGAUUGUCAAUGAUGAAAUCUACAAAGUCAGUACUUUUGAGGAGCCAAACAGGGGAUUUUGAUCAUAAUAGAUGGUUAUACGAGACAAAGGGGACAUAUGGUUAUGGGAAUGCUUUCUGGCCCAAAGAAGGGGGAGCUGGAAAUGAGAAUGAUGGGACAGAGGCAUCACCUCCGGAGCUGUUGAACAGGCCCUGGAGACCACUUACUAGGAAGCUGAAGGUUCCUGCUGCAGUUCUCAGCCCUUAUAGGCUUCUCAUAUUCAUCCGUUUGGCUGCUUUGGUACUCUUCCUUACCUGGAGGAUCAAACAUCCAAAUCAGGAUGCAAUUUGGUUAUGGGGAAUGUCUGUUGUUUGUGAAAUAUGGUUUGGCUUCUCCUGGCUCCUCGAUCAGCUACCAAAGCUCUGUCCUGUAAACAGAGCCACUGAUCUUGCAGUUCUGAAAGAGAAGUUUGAAACACCAGGGCCGGACAAUCCAACUGGAAAGUCAGACCUCCCAGGAAUCGACGUAUUUGUUUCCACUGCAGACCCUGAGAAAGAACCACCACUUGUUACAGCAAAUACCAUCCUUUCCAUUCUGGCUGCCGAUUACCCUGUUGAAAAACUUGCUUGCUAUGUUUCUGAUGAUGGUGGUGCACUACUCACUUUCGAAGCCAUGGCGGAGGCAGCUAGCUUUGCUAACCUUUGGGUUCCAUUCUGCCGAAAACAUGAUAUUGAGCCAAGGAAUCCAGAGACCUAUUUCAACUUGAAGCGUGAUCCGUACAAGAACAAGGUCAGGGCAGACUUUGUGAAGGAUCGCCGUAGGGUGAAGCGUGAAUAUGAUGAGUUCAAGGUCCGGAUCAAUGGACUGCCAGAUUCUAUCAGGCGGCGUUCAGAUGCUUAUCAUGCAAGAGAAGAGAUUAAGGCUAUGAAAUUACACAGGCAGAAAGUUGCUGCUGCUGGAGAUGAUGAUGUGAGUGAACCUGUAAAAAUCCUGAAAGCAACCUGGAUGGCAGAUGGCACUCACUGGCCUGGGACGUGGACGACUCCUGCUCCUGAACAUUCACGAGGUGAUCAUGCUGGAAUUAUUCAGGUGAUGUUGAAACCACCCUCGGAUGAGCCGCUGAGGGGUGUUGCUUUGGAAGAGGACAAGCCUGUAGACUUUUCUGAGGUCGAUAUACGUCUACCACUUCUUGUUUAUGUCUCUCGCGAGAAGCGGCCGGGCUAUGACCACAACAAGAAAGCUGGUGCCAUGAAUGCCUUGGUUCGUGCUUCUGCAAUCAUGUCCAAUGGUCCCUUCAUCCUUAACCUUGACUGUGAUCAUUAUGUUUACAACUCUCAAGCUAUGAGGGAAGGCAUGUGUUUUAUGAUGGACAGAGGUGGUGACAGAAUCUGCUAUGUUCAAUUCCCGCAACGGUUUGAGGGGAUCGAUCCUUCAGAUCGGUAUGCCAACCACAACACAGUAUUCUUUGAUGGCAAUAUGCGUGCGCUCGAUGGCCUUCAAGGGCCGGUAUAUGUGGGUACUGGCUGCUUGUUCCGGAGGAUGGCUCUCUACGGUUUCGAUCCACCCCGAUCCAAGGAAAGGACUAGCUGCUGCUGUUGCUUCCCGAGGCUUAAGAGACCAAAACCUUCUGCAGUGAGUGAGGAGAACCGUGCAUUGAGAAUGGGCGACUCCGAUGACGAGGAAUUGAGUGUGUGCCUCAACCCCAAAAAAUUUGGAAACUCAUCCUUCCUCAUCGAUUCAAUUCCAGUUGCUGAGUACCAAGGGCGUCCUCUUGCUGAUCAUCCUUCUAUAAAGAAUGGGAGGCCCCCUGGUGCACUUACAAUCCCCCGUGACCUUCUUGAUGCUUCCACUGUAGCCGAGGCCGUGAAUGUUAUAUCCUGCUGGUACGAAGACAAAACAGAGUGGGGUCAGCGGAUUGGAUGGAUCUAUGGUUCUGUUACAGAGGACGUUGUUACUGGAUACAGAAUGCACAACCGGGGUUGGAAAUCUGUCUACUGUGUAACCAAGCGCGAUGCAUUCCGUGGCACAGCACCGAUCAACCUGACCGAUCGACUCCACCAGGUGCUUCGAUGGGCUACUGGUUCGGUGGAGAUUUUCUUCUCCAGGAACAACGCUCUUCUUGCUAGCACGCGCAUGAAGUUCCUCCAACGUCUUGCCUACCUCAACGUUGGGAUCUAUCCUUUCACUUCCAUCUUCCUCAUCGUGUACUGCUUUCUGCCUGCAUUGUGUCUGUUCUCCGGCCAGUUCAUCGUGCAGACCCUCAACGUGACCUUCCUUGUCUAUCUGCUGGUGAUCACGCUCACACUAUGCAUGCUUGCCGUGCUAGAGAUCAAGUGGUCGGGGAUUAAUCUCGAGGAGUGGUGGAGGAACGAGCAAUUUUGGUUAAUUGGAGGAACCAGCGCACAUUUGGCUGCGGUGCUUCAGGGUCUUUUGAAAGUGAUUGCAGGGAUUGAGAUCUCAUUCACGUUGACAUCCAAAUCUGCCGGCGACGACGUAGAUGAUGAGUUUGCUGAUCUCUACGUGGUGAAAUGGACAUCAUUGAUGAUUCCGCCGAUUACCAUCAUGAUGACUAACCUGAUUGCUAUCGCGGUAGGUUUUAGUCGGACCAUAUACAGCGUGAUCCCACAAUGGAGCAGGCUUCUGGGAGGAGUCUUUUUCAGUUUCUGGGUUUUGGCUCAUCUCUAUCCAUUUGCUAAGGGGCUCAUGGGUCGGAGGGGCCGGACCCCGACCAUUGUCUUCAUCUGGUCGGGCCUGAUCGCCAUCACCAUAUCCCUGUUGUGGGUUGCCAUCAAACCACCUUCUUCGGCAAAUGGACAAAUUCCAUCGGGGACGUUCCAGUUCCCCUGAUUCUUCUCUCUCAGGUGCCUGAUUUCAUCGGUGGCAUCAUCUUCCCCUUUUGCUAUCUCCGAUUCUUUUUCCAUCGAAGGUCUCACAACAGGUGACUCCUAGAACUCGGCUUCCCUUUUCAUGUUCGGUGAUCCCGCAUUGUACGUUGAAUACUUCAACGCCACGCCGGUUUUUGGGGGCUGUUUGUGAGGAAGGGAGAUUUGUAUAGUUGGGGGAAUUUUCUUUUACUUUUUUGAUAAUUAUGAUAGGCUUGUAGAUGAACCCAUACCUUUAUGCACUUGUCAUUUUUAUCCCCCUCA